CCCAGUUCGAUUGGGACCAUGGCGUCCGUUCGAGAGGAAAAUCGCAUAAGUCCUUACAGAAAACUGCUCAUAGAUCUGUCGAUGGAUCUGUCUAGAAAAGAUCUGGAGAGGUUAAUUUAUGCUGUAGGGGAUCGUCUUCCCAGGAGAAUGUCAGAAAAUAUGGAAAGUGGCUUGAAGUUAUUUGAAGCUCUCGAACAAGAUGUACAUAUUAGUCCACUGGACCUGACCCUGCUGCAGGAUGGGCUUAAUACAAUUGGUAGAGUGGAUCUUGCACAAAGAAUUCAGGUUUUCUCAAGUAAACUGGACGGAGUAGACACCGAUGUUGGUCAAGAUGACAUAGUGACUGAUGGAAUUGGGGAUCAAGGUAGUGCUGGCACAACAGAAAGUGAUGAAAUUGAUCCUGCUGACACAGUAAACCCUGGUGCAGGGAAAGCUCAUGCUGUGCACUUGAAAUCAGCACCGCUACCUUAUCAUUCAGCAUUGAGUUCCCCCUCAGUCACCAGAACUAGGGGUUCUAGAGAAGCUACUCCAACAAAACAUUGCCUUGUGGCCAGUUGUGAUGCUUCACUGAUUGCUCUAAAUAGUGGCCCCUGCACUUUAUCUCCGGCACCUUCAGCUGCUCAUGUGGGGCAACAAUCACAAGGACCCACUCAGGCUGCUUCAUCUGGCCGGGUACAACAGGACCUAGCCCAUGGAGCAGCACCGGUACGAUAUGUGAACUUUCUUGUUUACAGGGGCUACUCUGUAGAAAUAAUAGGAGGAGAACACUUCAAAACUCCAGAGGGAGAGUUUGUGGAAAUGAAAAGUGGGACACAGUAUACGAUACAUGUCAAAAAUUCACAUCCCUAUGGUUGUCAUCUGGACAUAUCAAUUGAUGGUUAUGACGUAGGGGGAUGGGCCCUCCGUGAAGGAGAGGAGAUGUCAAUAGAAAGAUCCGCAUACGAAGCCAAGAGGUUCACCUUCUACCGAGCGAAAACUGCACCGAAAGAGGCGGGGAUUGUGUCUGGGCGGUCUGAAAAUGGAGUUCUUAAGUGUGUGUUCACACCCGAAGUAAUCCCUGUAGUUCAAGGCAAUUUUUCUGGGCCAUCUGCCACAGCUACAGCUGGUGAUGAUCAGAGUGCCUGGGAUAGAAGAAGUAUGUAA